AUGUCUUUGCCUCUGCGACCCGCUUUGGAGAAUGUUUCCUCCGUUGACCGGGCGUUGGAAGACUUAUUGGUUCGUUUCAUUAUCAAUUGUCCGCCAGAGGAUCUGUCGAGUGUUGAGAGAGAGCUUUUCCACUUCGAGGAAGCUUCGUGGUUUUAUACGGAUUUUAUCAAACUGUUGAAUCCGAGCUUGCCGUCGCUCAAGAUCAAGUCGUUUGCGCAACACAUCAUUAGGCUUUGUCCGCUUGUGUGGAAAUGGGAUAUUAAGGCGGACGAAGCGCUUCAGAAGUUUUCGAAAUACAAGAAGAGCAUCCCGGUACGGGGAGCUGCGAUUUUCAAUGAGAAGUUGUCCAAGAUUUUGCUUGUGCAGGGGACGGAGUCGGACUCGUGGUCGUUCCCGCGGGGAAAGAUCUCGAAGGAUGAGGACGAUGUUGCGUGCUGCAUACGUGAGGUCAGAGAGGAAAUAGGGUUUGAUCUGACGGAGUAUCUCGACGAGGAUCAGUUCAUCGAACGGAAUAUCCAGGGCAAGAACUAUAAGAUCUUCAUCGUGAAAGGUGUUCCUGAGGAUUUCGAUUUCAAGCCGCAGGUGAGGAAUGAGAUUGAAAAGAUCGAGUGGCGCGAUUUCAAGAAGAUGUCAAAGACUAUGCAUAAGUCAAACGUGAAAUACUAUCUUGUGAAUUCGAUGAUGAGGCCACUGUCAAUGUGGUUGAGGCGCCAGAAGCAUGUCAAGAAUGAUGAUCAACUGAAACAGUAUGCGGAGGAGCAAUUGAAACUACUGCUUGGCAUCACGAGAGAGGAGCAGACAGACCCUGGCAGGGAUUUGCUCAAUAUGUUGCACACGGCCGUGCAGUCGAAGGACGAGAAGAUAGAGCCGCUGCAAACUUUGCAAAACGAGGCUGCAGCUAAUACAGUGUCACAGAUUGGCUCGCAGACCAUACCUAUUGGUUCAUCGCCACAUCAGUUCCCCGGAAUGCAUCCAUUUGCGCCUUUCCCCUAUGUUAACGGUUCGUUGCCGUUCAUGAACCCAAUGAUGAUGGCCGCGCCCGCCGUGGCGCCAGUUCCGAACCAUCAUAAUGGUUUUGCACAGAUGAACCAGCCGGCGGCUAACGUCUCCACCCCAGAACCCUCUUCCUUGGCAAAACCCGUUUUAGCACAGCAACAACCGCAAACGUCUUCGAAUUCGAGACAAUUACUUGACUUGCUCAAUGCCAGGAAAAACGAUACCCAGCCUCGAUCCUUGCGGACACAGGGCUCUAGCGGGCCCGCUGAUAAAGCUGGCGAAGGAGCCAAUAUCUCUGAUUCCCAGUCGCUGAUGAACAUUCUCAAGAAUCCCACUGUAAAACAAUCGCAGUCAGAGCCGCAUAGCGAGUACAGAAUGCAACAGCCUCCACCGCAAGUGCCGGAAGAGGAAGCUACUCUGCAGGAUGAGUCAGCAGAUGAUGGUUACGAAGAAUUCGAAAGUGAUUCUCAGGAAGAAGUUGAGGCGGAGAACGAAUUGGAAGAAGAAGAAGAAGAGGCGAUUGAAAAAGUACAAAGCCCAGAGGAACCCGCUGUUGGCUUCGAAAACCACGACGUUUUAAAGGAAAAUAUCUUCAAGGCAGAGGAAGUUCCGCAUAUUGAUGAAAGGAGUGAAAGCGCUAAAUCGAUAGAUGGUGUUGUACAGUCGGCAGAAAAACCUAAACCAAAACCUAAGUUCAAGUUGCUGAGACGUGGGGAGAACUUGGAGGACAUUCUACCUGGUACUAAGCCAAUGAAGGAAGCUAAACCAGCGUCUCCCAGUUCUAGCCAAGAGUCAAAUCGAUCACCUAACUCUCUGCUGCAGUUACUGAAAAAGCCUCCAUCUGUCUCAGCACCGAAUGAGAAAAAACAGUCUCCCGAGGAGGAAAUCAUGGCUAUGAUUCAGAGCCACAAGAAAGCGGAAGACUCCUCGAAUGCGUCUGCAUAUAAUUAUGAUAUGGUAACAAAUCCGGCAUCGGGCCAUCUUUCAGGAGGUUUGGAGGUAAAAAAUGUGGUCAACGGAACAGAACCUAUCGGUAGUGCUCAAUCAGCGUCUGCCGACUUACUAGAACUACUAAAGCGUCCAAAAGGUGUUCAAAAUUCAGAAUAUGUUGGCAACGCAUCUUCACAAGAACCUGCUCAAAGCAUACCUCACGGUUCAGACUACGCAUACGGAAAACAAUCCUCGAAUGAAUUGUUAAACAUUCUGCAUAGACAGAGAUGA